AUGCUCUUCAACUCUCUCCUCGCGACCCUUUUGGUUCCCAUGGUCGCCGGUUCGUUUGUCGAGCCCCGUGAUCCGAACAAGCUAUUUACACUGGAGAUCGCCCCAGGUGAGACUGUCACCGUCACGGAGGAGGAGAAAUGGGAAAUGAUGGACAAACGCAUCCACUUCUUCGACAUCACAGAAUGGUCCGAUAUCCCAGCCGUCACCCCCUCCGCCGACUUCAAGCUCCUCGCGGCCCUCCCCUUCCCGACGGAGAUGAACCAGACGUGCCACGUCAACGCCCUGAUCCCGAAGCUGAGCAAGGACAAUAUGCGCGCGCAUCUCGAGCGCUUUUCGUCCUUUCACAAUCGGUACUACCUCUCCAAGACGGGCGUUGAGUCCGCCGAGUGGCUGUACGGGCAGAUCAGCGCCGUUCUGGACGUCGCGGGACACCCGACGGCCAACAUCCGCUAUGUGCGCCACGUCGCGUGGUCGCAGCCUAGUAUCAUUGUGACGAUUCCCGGACGUAACCAGCGGACUGUUGUGUUGGGCGGGCAUCUCGAUUCUGUUAUUUCUGGAGACCGUGGCGCCGGUCGUGCGCCAGGUGCUGAUGACAAUGGCUCUGGCUCGGUCAUGAUUCUCGAGGUCCUGCGUGUCCUUCUUUCCGACCCGCGCAUCGCGUCUGGCGAUAUCCUCAACACCCUAGAGUUCCACUGGUACGGUGCCGAAGAGGCCGGUCUGCUCGGAAGCCAGGACAUCUUCACCCAAUAUCGCGCCUCCAGCCGCCAGGUCGUGUCGAUGCUGCAGCAGGACAUGGUUGGCUACGUCGGCCGCGACGGCGUUGAGAGGUUCGGCGUCGUCACGGACUGGGUAGACCUCGACCAGGUUGCGUUCAUGAAGCGCGUCAUCGAUACUUAUACCGAUAUACCCUAUGAGGAGACUGUUUGCGGAUAUGCCUGCUCCGAUCACGCCUCUGCCAAUCGUAAUGGCUAUCCGUCGUCCUUCAUCUUUGAGACGCCUUUUGGGAACCAUAACCCCUACAUCCACACAUCCAAUGAUACGAUGGAAUAUGUAUCAUUCGAUCACGUUUUGCAGCACGCCAAGAUGGCGACGGGAUACAUCUAUGAAUUGGCUUACUGGGCCUUUACCUAG